AUGAGAUCUGAUUUCGUAAAUUGUAAAAAAGCGAUUGAAAAAUUCAAUGAGCAUGUAGGUGAAGUUGGUAGUGCUCACAAUGAGGCAAGAAUACAGUUUGAGGGUUUCAAAAAUCAAAGACAAAGUGUGAAGUAUUUAUUUUCAUGGGGGAAACAUGAGAUUGAAGUUGCUUAUCGCAAACGCUUGACUGCCAUUUUAAAAUUAAUUCAAUUUUUGUUGCUACAAGGAUUGCCUUUUCGGGGACAUGAUGAGUCUCCGGCAUCAUCCAAUAGAGUUGAGACCACAAAUGCUAUUCUAGCUAAUCUUGGAGAUAGGUGGUUCACUUUACUACUUGAUGAGGCUCGUGAUUGCUCAAUGAAAGAGCAAAUGACAUUUGUUAUUAAAUAUGUGAACAAACAUGGAGAAGUAAUUGAACGAUUUAUGGCUAUAGUUCAUGUUGCAACAACUACAACUGCUUGUUUGAAGGAGGCAAUUGACUCUUUAUUUGCUAAGUAUGGUUUGUCAAUGGCGAGAUUGAGAGGUCAAGGAUAUGAUGGUGCUUCAAAUAUGUCUAGAGAAUUUAAUGACUUAAAGUCACUGAUAAUAAAAGAAAAUCCGUAUACAAGAUAUGUUCAUUGUUUUGCUCAUCAACUCCAACUAAUGGUUGUAGCUAUUGCUCAAGCAAAUCAAUAUGUUUAUGAUUUCAUGUGGAUUUUUGGUUCGAUUGUGAACACAUCUGCAUCAUCUUGCAAAAGGGUCGACAAACUUCGACAACUUGAACAUGACAAAAAAGUUGAACUUCUUGAAACAUGA